UUGCAUACAGUCCCCGCCUCCGCGGAGGAACCUGGCGUGUAUUUGCAUAAGGGGCGCUUGAAACGUUGAUGGUGGCAUGCAAAUAAGGACUGGCUCCGAUUGGCCGGGGUACAGCAGGUGCCGCGUCCGGAUUGAUCAAAGCCAGGUGGGCGGGGCUGUCGCGCAGGGCGACUCUCCGGGAGGCGCGUGCCCCGGCUCAGUAGCAUUGGGGCUGGCGCGCGCGACGAAUCUUAACGCUGCGCCGUCUGCGGGCGCUUCCGGGCCACCAGAUUCCCUGCCUUCCACCCUGGCGCCCCCCAGCCCUGGCUCUCCGGCCGCUCUGCCCCGGGCAUCCACGCCCUGCGGGCUCAGCGGAUUCAGCGGGCUCAAUCUACGCAGCGCCUCCUCCAUGUUGACCAAACCUCUGCAGGGGCUUCCUUCGCCCCCUGUGACCCCCACGCAGCCUCCAGGUGGCAAGAAUCGGGCAGCUUUCGAGGCCGAAUACCGACUUGGCCCCCUCCUGGGUAAGGGAGGCUUUGGCACCGUCUUCGCGGGACACCGCGUCACGGAUAGACGUCAGGUGGCCAUCAAAGUAAUCUCCCGGAACCGUGUGCUAGGCUGGUCCACCGUGUCAGACUCAGUCACUUGCCCACUUGAGGUAGCCCUGCUGUGGAAGGUGGGCGAAGGCAAUGGGCAUCCAGGUGUGAUCCGCCUGCUUGACUGGUUUGAGACACCAGAGGGCUUCAUGCUGGUCCUUGAGCGGCCCAUGCCCGCCCAGGAUCUCUUUGACUACAUCACAGAGAAGGGCCCGCUGGGUGAAAGCCGUAGUCGCAGCUUCUUUACCCAAGUAGUGGCAGCUGUCCAGCACUGCCAUGCCCGUGGAGUUGUCCAUCGUGACAUCAAGGAUGAGAACAUCCUGAUAGACCUGUGCCGUGGUUGUAUUAAGCUCAUUGAUUUUGGUUCUGGUGCCCUGCUGCAUGAUGAACCGUACACGGACUUUGAUGGGACCAGGGUGUACAGCCCUCCAGAGUGGAUCUCUCGACACCAGUACCAUGCCCUCCCGGCUACUGUCUGGUCACUAGGUGUUCUCCUCUAUGACAUGGUCUGUGGGGACAUUCCCUUCGAGAGAGACCAGGAGAUUCUAGAGGCUGAGCUCCACUUCCCAGCUCAUGUCUCCCCAGACUGCUGUGCCCUCAUCCGCCGGUGCCUGGCCCCUAAACCCUGUUCCCGACCCUCACUGGAGGAGAUUCUGCUGGACCCUUGGAUGAAAACACCAGCCGAAGAAGCACCCAUCAAUCCCUCCAAAGGAAGCCCCAACCCCUUACCCUGGUCCCUGCUUCCCUAGGCCCAGCCAGGCUCUCUGGUUGGAAUCCCAUGGUCAUGCUACAGGGAUAGAUGGACAUCUGUUGACCUGGUUAUACAGGUUGUUAAAAAUCCAGUAUUACUAAGGUCAGGGAAUAAGGAUCAGGGGUCAGAAGAUAGCCAAGUCUGCCCAGUUCCUAUCCCAAUCCUGUGAAGGAGCUCUCCUCCCUGAACCUGUGGUCCCUUAUUUAGGAGGGGGGAGUUACUUGUUUCUUGUUCUGUUCAGGAUGUUUAUUUGGUUGGAUUCCUUCCCUUCUGGGCCCUAAGAUUCUUGUUCUGACACUGUAGUCCCUACCCUGGCACCUCCUGUACUACUACAGAAACUUAGACACUUAGUUCAGAUGCUCUCACUCGGGCAAGGGUGCUGUCCUUAAAAUACCCCAGCGGUCUUUAGCAAAGGGGCCCUUACCCUGGGAUCUCAUUCAGCUGCUGCUUGCCUGCCUUAGACCAGAAAGUAAUUAUUCUGGGGAAGGUAAUGCCCUAUUAAGCUCUAUUAAUUAGUAUCCCAGUGCUUUUUUUUUUCUUUGCUUUUUUUUUUUUUUUGCUUUUUUUUUUUUUUGGUGAGGGGGCCCUACUGUUAUCCCAAGUGCUCUUAUUCUGGUGAGAAGAACCUUACUUCCAUAAUUUGGGAAGGAAUGGGAGAUGGACAUCAUCGGACACCACCAGAGACUAGGAUGGGAUGGAUGGUUUUGGGGGGAUGGAAUGGAGGAAAUAAGUCUUACUGUUUGUUCUCCUGGGGUCCCCCCUCUCCAACUUUUGCUGCCUCCUCCUGAGCCAGGAUUGUCCAGUGGCAAACUGUAAAUAUGUGCUGGAGGUAGGAGAGCUGCAGGUGUGCCCUCCUGUCCCUUCUCCCCCCUGCCUGGAUUAUUUAAAAAGCCAUGUGUGGAAACCUAUUUAAUUAAUAAAUAAUGAAGUCACAAGUGGA